CACACUUUAGUAUACAUACACACACACACACACACACACACACACACACACACACACACAGAGACACACCAAGACACACAAAGACAGAUAAAGAGACAAUCAGAAUUUGCUCGUUUAGUUUUGAGUUCUUUGACGAUGCAGAGAGCAUUGAGUCUGGUGUCUCUGCUGGUCCUGGGGUCGGCCUGGACCCUGCAAGCGGUCCCUGUGCUCCCAGAACCUCUUAUCCUCACACAGGAGAACUUUGAUCUGGGCCGGUUCAUGGGGAAGUGGUAUGAGGUAGCAGUGGUUUCUACUUGUCCUCACUACAUGCAGCGCAAGAGGGGAAACCCCGUCAUUGUUGCACUGGAGCUGCAACAAGUUGCCUCUGAGGGCAACUUCACAACGACGACCACUAGUUUCAGGAAUGGCUCGUGUAAGCAGACGUCCACAGAUUAUAGUUUGACCAACACUCCAGGACGAUUCUUCUACCAUGUUGCAAGGUUCGGAGCAGAUGUUGAUUCCUUUGUGGUUCAUACCAACUACGAUGAGUAUGCAAUGAUGCUUCUGCUGAGCACAGAGAAACCAUCAGGAAAUAAAACCACCACAGUCAAGCUUUAUAGUCGAACUAUGAAUGUGAGGGCUGCCCUGCUGGACGACUUCAAAACACUGGUCAGACAACACGGAAUGAGUGAUGACACUUUCAUCAUGAAUCAGAACAAAGGAGUCAAAUGUUGUCAGAAACCCCCUCUCCAUCUUACUGGCUUUCCAGGUGAGUGUGUUCCAGAUGAGCAGGUGACAAAGCCCAUCACUACUCUGCCUCAGAUUUUGGUUCCCAAGAGGUCAAAAACAGAUGUGGUUCUGCCUGUGGUUCGUGCACAAGAGGAGGACGCUGGUAAUAUUUGACCAGAGUGAGAGAUCAUGUGGAAUACCUGAAGAGGAGGCUCAUCACACAAACACCAAACAUCACACUAUUAAUGCAUUGACUGAGAAAACUAUUUUCCUGAAUCAAUAAAACAACACUGUUUUGUUA